CCCAAACCCGUAGAGAUAAAGGCGGUUCCCUUAAGAAGACCUCACUCAAAGAUAAGAUAAGAUAAGAUAAAGAUAACUAUCUUAUCUCCGGAAAGGUCACUCCCCACCAUUAUAAAUACACUGGAGCACCCAGGUAUCCCCCACCCUCCGAGGACGAAGGAAUCAGCACCACCAUCAAGUCCAACAAAUCAGACACAGCAUCUCCGACCCUUACAGAAGAUCUCAUUCGAGAUCGACCUAUAGUUUCAGAUAACCCUCGGAACAUUGGUGCUGUUGCCGGGGAACCUGGAAGUCAUCCCAUCACCAUGGCGGACGAUCAUGAUAACGACCACACCUCAGAUCUAGAGGAAAGAACGCCGCAUAAAAAGGCGGACACCACCCCAAAAGAUACUUCCCAAAUCAACAACAAGAAGAACUCCCCAAACGAGGGAGCCAUGGAUGCAUUUCAAGACCGGUUAAAACAACUUGAGAAAGAAGCCCUACGCCAACGAGAGGUUGAGAAGGACCUACAAAGGGAAAUAAGGCGACGCUGGGAAUUGGAGAACAAACUCCUAAAACUUGAAGCCGAUGUCAAGAUGAAAACCAGCCGAUCCACUCCCGAAGAUAGCACCCGCAAGGAGCAAGACCCAUUCACCAAGGAGAUCAUGAAGACGAAAAUUCUAAAGGACUUUAAACUCCCAAACAUGACCUUAUACGACGGCACUACAGAUCUCGGCAAUCAUCUCAGCAAUUUCAGAAGCAGAAUGUAUCUCACCGAUGCCUCAUAUGCAGUUCGUUGCAAAGCCUUUCCAACUACUUUAACAAAAACAACAAUUAGAUGGUUUGACAAUCUCUCUCCUAGGUCCAUCUCAAGUUUCGACGACAUGGCUAAGAAAUUCCUGGCCAGAUUCUCCAUUCAAAAGGACAAUGCUAAACAUGCUCCGAGCUUACUGGAAAUCAAACAAGGAGAACGGGAAACCCUGCGCAACUACAUGGAAAGAUUUAACAAGACAUGUAUGGACAUACAGAACCUGCCAACAGAAGCCGCUAUUAUGGGCCUCAUUAAUGGCUUACGAGAAAGGCCCUUUAGUCAAUCUAUAUCAAAAAAGUACCCCACAUCUCCGAACGAGGUGCAGGAACGAGCGGCGAAGUACAUCAACAUGGAGGAAAACUCCCGACUGGGAGAGACCUCGAAGGCACUCCACCAAUGA